GGAGGCGCGGCGACUGAGUCUGAUGAGAGCUGGAGGAGGCGGUGGGAGGUGGUGGCGGCAGCAGCGCGGGCGCCUGAGGAGGAGGAGGAGGAGGAGGAGGAGGAGAAGCGGAUGAGUAGACCGUGGGGUCUUCGGGCAUCUCACACAGCUUCUGAAUGGCAGAGUAUACAUCCAACCCAUGUCCCUACUCUGUGCUAGAGGCAGCAUGAUCUUCCAAGCACCAUGGGGCCUGAAAGAGUGACAGCCCGAGAACUGUGCGAAAAUGAUGACCUGGCUACCAGCCUUGUCCUUGACCCCUACCUCGGCUUCCGCACCCAUAAGAUGAACGUCAGCCCUGUGCCCCCCCUGCGACGACAACACCACCUUCGCUCAGCACUGGAAGCCUUCUUAAGGCAACGGGACCUGGAGGCUGCAUACCGGGCCCUGACGCUGGGAGGCUGGAUGACCCACUAUUUCCAGAACCGGGACCCUCGGCAGGAGGCUGCCCUCAAGACCCACAUUUUUCGCUACCUCCGAGCCUUCCUGCCCGAAAGUGGUUUCGCUAUCCUGCCCUGCACCCGCUAUUCCAUGGAGACCAAUGGGGCCAAGAUCGUGUCUACUCGUGCUUGGAAGAAGAACGAGAAGGUGGAGCUGCUGGUGGGCUGCAUCGCCGAGCUUCGCGAGGCGGAUGAGGGGCUGCUCAGGGCCGGGGAGAACGAUUUCAGCAUCAUGUACUCCACCCGCAAAAGGAGUGCCCAGCUGUGGCUUGGCCCAGCUGCUUUCAUCAACCAUGACUGCAAACCCAACUGUAAGUUUGUACCCUCAGAUGGAAACAACGCCUGCGUAAAGGUGCUCCGGGACAUUGAGCCAGGGGAUGAGGUGACGUGCUUCUAUGGCGAGGGCUUCUUCGGUGAGAAGAAUGAGCACUGUGAAUGCUACACCUGCGAGAGGAAAGGCGAAGGAGCCUUCCGACUUCAGCCCAGGCAGCUGGAGCUGCUGCCACAGCCCUCGGACAAGUAUGAGCUCCGGGAGACAAAGCGGCGACUACAGCGUGUUGGGGACAGCUGCCAGCAGAACCUGCUGGGCCUGAGAGCCUGUUCUCACCUGUCCCCACUGCGCCGAGACCCCUUCUGUGCCGCCUGCCAGCCCCUACGCCUGCCCCCUGCCAGCCCCCACCUGGACUACUUGCCCCUCUGGCUCCAGUGGCUGCCUGUGCCUCAGCCCCAGCCCAGAGUACGCCCCCGGAAGCGCCGACGCCCACGGCUCCACAGGCCUUCAGCAGCCCCCGUCCUCCGUGCUGCCUCUGUCUCCCUACACCAAUGGGGAGGCUGUGGUUCCCACUGCUGCCUACAGGCUGAGGCUGUGGUGGCCCUGGGCCUGCUCCCCAAAACCCGCUGGACUCCACAACAAGACUGGCACUGGGCCCGGCGCUAUGGGCUGCCUUACGUGGUGCGUGUGGACCUUAAACGCCUGGCCCCAGCCCUACCAGCUGCCCCUGCUCCUGCUGGGACCCCAGGCCCUGUCCCCACCCCUGUCCCCAUUCCUAAGCAGGCCCUUGCCUUCGCCCCUUUCUCCCCACAUAAGCGCCUGCGGCUGGUGGUCAGUCAUGGCUCUAUUGACUUGGACAUCAACAGUGAUGAGCCAUGAUAGGCUGCGGGCUGCAAGGCCCAGACUGGAGUGUAGAAUCUCUCCUAAGCUCCCUCCAGGAAGGGAGGAAGGAGUUGACCUUUGACUCCAGCCCAGGUCUGAUCCUGGAAGGGGGGUUACUUAGGACAUCCCAAGGGAUCUGAUCCCUGACCCUCAGUCACUGCUGACCCCUGAGCCAACCCCACCCCAGCAGGGAGCCCUGGCCAUUUGUUGUCCCCUUCUCCAUCCCUGCCCUCACCUCAGGACAGCCAGAGCCAUCCCCUUCUCAGCCCUUUCCUCCCCAGGGAGCAAAGCCAUAAGGGGGUGGGGGCCACCCCAUGGCGACUCCCCAGAAGCCCAGGUAUCAGAUGAAACUGAUUUGGGGGUGCCGUCCCAGGGCUGCCCCACCAUGGGGAGUGGGUUUGCUCUCAGCUCUGCAGCUGUUGGAGGCAGGGGCAGUCAGAUGGAUUGGGUAGUGCUCUGGAGCACAUCCUUGGCCCUGCCCCAUGGGUCUCAGGGAGGCCGGGUGCAACCCGUCUUUCUCAUGGUGCUAUCCCUGGUGCUACUGGGUGUGGGGAAGGCUCCCUCUCCUCCCCACACCAGAACACGGGGUAUGUGGGGGGAUUGGAAGCACUUGAACUUUUUAUUAAAACCUUCUUACAAGCA